GAUCCGGCGGAGCCCGCAUUCCUAGGGGAGGGGUCCCCCCACCUAGGGGGUCGCGGAUCAAGUUACCGGGCGAGAGGAGGAGGCAGCGGGAGGCCGAGUAAACAAGGGAAUUGGAUGAAGUAAUUGAUCACUAAUGAACUACAGUGCUGGUGAGAUGUGUAAGAAAUUAUAAAGAGCUCUGAUGGGCUAUUUGGGUGAUACCCAGUGCAGUGAACUGCAGGAGUUUUGUCUCUGAGUCAUGGAAGACAGAAGAGCUGAAAAGUCAUGUGAACAAGCAUGUGAAUCACUUAAGAGGCAGGACUAUGAAAUGGCCCUCAAGCACUGUACAGAGGCCCUUCUUUCUCUUGGCCAGUGCUCCAUGGCAGACUUCGCGGGGCCUUGUCCGUUGGAGAUAGAACGCAUCAAAAUUGAGAGUCUUCUUUACAGAAUUGCCUCAUUCUUGCAACUGAAAAACUAUGGGCAAGCUGAUGAAGAUUGUAGGAACGUGUUGGGAGAAGGACUGGCCAAGGGAGACGAUGCCUUUCGGACUGUGCUUUACUGCAUGCAGCUGAAAGGAAAGCUCCAGCCUGUAUCCGCCAUUCUUGCCAAGUCACUGACAGGAGAGUCCCUGAAUGGGAUGGUAACGAAAGAUUUGACAAGACUAAAAACACUGCUCACAGAAACUGAGACAGCAUCUUGUAAUGUCCUCUCUGGAUAUCAUGUGGAAGACUUAGAUGAGGGGUCUUGUAAUGGUUGGCAUUUCCGCCCACCACCUAGGGGAAUCACAAGCAGCGAGGAAUAUACUUUGUGUAAAAGAUUUUUAGAGCAAGGACUCUGUAGGUAUGGUGCCCAGUGUACUUCAGCACAUUCCCAGGAAGAACUAGCAGAAUGGCAAAAAAGAUACGCUUGGCGGCUGAUAAAACUGAAGCAGCAAAAUGAGAACAAACAGCUCUCAGGCAGUUACAUGGAAACCUUGAUAGAAAAAUGGAUGAAUUCAUUAUCUCCCGAGAAAGUGCUUAGUGAAUGUAUAGAAGGAGUAAAGGUAGAGCACAAUCCUGACCUGUCAGUUACUGUCAACACCAAAAAGUCUCACCAGACAUGGACCUUUGCUCUCACUUGUAAGCCUGCAAGAAUGCUGUAUCGGGUAGCCUUGCUUUAUGAUGCUCAUCGUCCUCAUUUUAGUAUCAUUGCAAUAUCUGCCGGAGAUAGUACUACCCAGGUAUCACAAGAAGUCCCAGAAAACUGUCAAGAAUGGAUAGGAGGAAAGAUGGCCCAAAAUGGAUUAGAUCAUUACGUGUAUAAAGUCGGGAUAGCAUUUAACACAGAAAUAUUUGGAACUUUUCGCCAAACCAUAGUUUUCGACUUUGGAUUGGAACCAGUACUCAUGCAAAGAGUAAUGAUUGAUGCAGCUUCUACAGAAGAUCUCGAAUACCUGAUGCAUGCAAAGCAACAGCUAGUAACCACAGCUAAGCGCUGGGAUUCUUCUUCUAAGACUAUUAUAGAUUUUGAACCUAAUGAAACUACUGAUUUGGAGAAGAGCCUUCUUAUCAGAUACCAAAUUCCUCUCUCUGCUGACCAGCUAUUUACCCAGUCUGUUUUAGACAAAUCAUUGACCAAGAGCAACUAUCAGUCACGGUUGCAUGACCUUCUUUAUAUUGAGGAGAUAGCCCAGUAUAAAGAAGUCAGCAAGUUCAACCUUAAAGUGCAAUUGCAGAUUCUAGCAAGCUUCAUGCUCACUGGAGUUUCUGGAGGUGCAAAGUAUGCUCAGAAUGGACAACUUUUUGGUCGCUUUAAGCUUACUGAAACACUUUCUGAAGAUACUUUGGCUGGACGACUGGUGAUGACCAAAGUCAAUGCUGUUUAUUUAUUACCAGUCCCUAAAGAGAAGUUAGUACAGACCCAGGGAACCAAAGAGAAGGUUUAUGAAGCUACUAUUGAAGAAAAAACAAAAGAAUAUAUAUUUUUAAGGAUAUCCAGGGAAUGCUGUGAAGAACUUAAUCUUCGGCCUGAUUGUGACACACAGGUUGAACUUCAGUUCCAAUUGAAUCGAUUACCCCUCUGUGAAAUGCAUUAUGCACUAGACAGGAUCAAGGACAAUGGGGUUUUGUUCCCAGACAUCAGUAUGACUCCCACCAUACCUUGGAGUCCCAACAGACAAUGGGAUGAACAGUUGGAUCCUCGACUAAAUGCAAAACAGAAAGAGGCAGUUCUGGCCAUAACCACUCCACUUUCUAUACAGCUGCCGCCUGUACUUAUCAUCGGACCCUAUGGGACAGGCAAAACGUUCACGCUAGCUCAGGCCGUCAAACAUAUUCUGCAGCAACAGGAGACUAGCAGGAUUCUCAUUUGCACCCAUUCUAAUAGUGCUGCUGAUCUCUACAUAAAGGAUUAUUUACAUCCAUAUGUAGAAGCAGGCAAUCCCCAGGCAAGACCUCUCAGGGUAUAUUUCAGAAAUCGCUGGGUAAAGACUGUCCACCCAGUUGUGCAUCAGUACUGUUUGAUCUCAAGUGCACAUUCCACCUUUCAGAUGCCACAGAAAGAAGAUAUUCUUAAACAUCGAGUGGUUGUUGUUACAUUGAACACUUCCCAGUACCUCUGUCAAUUGGACCUUGAACCUGGGUUUUUUACCCAUAUUUUAUUAGAUGAAGCUGCCCAAGCCAUGGAGUGUGAAACCAUUAUGCCUCUAGCAUUAGCAACUAAAAAUACUCGGAUCGUCUUGGCUGGUGAUCACAUGCAGCUCAGUCCUUUUGUUUACAGCGAGUUUGCCAGGGAGAGAAACCUCCAUGUUUCAUUACUUGAUAGGCUCUAUGAGCAUUACCCUGCUGAGUUUCCAUGUAGGAUCCUCUUAUGUGAGAACUACCGCUCUCAUGAAGCUAUCAUCAAUUACACCUCUGAACUUUUCUAUGAGGGCAAAUUGAUGGCCAGUGGAAAGCAGCCAGCACACAAGGAUUUCUACCCACUCACUUUCUUUACAGCACGAGGGGAAGAUGUACAAGAAAAAAAUAGUACAGCUUUUUAUAAUAACGCAGAGGUGUUUGAAGUGGUAGAACGUGUAGAAGAAUUAAGAAGGAAGUGGCCGGUAGCAUGGGGGAAGUUAGACGACGGCAGUAUUGGUGUGGUGACGCCGUAUGCUGAUCAAGUGUUCAGGAUACGAGCUGAACUUCGGAAAAAGCGAUUAUCUGAUGUUAAUGUAGAAAGGGUGCUAAAUGUUCAAGGAAAGCAAUUCAGAGUUUUGUUUCUUAGCACAGUACGUACAAGACAUACUUGUAAACAUAAACAGACGCCAAUUAAAAAGAAAGAACAACUUCUGGAAGAUUCCACGGAGGACUUAGAUUAUGGUUUUUUGUCUAACUACAAGCUUCUCAAUACUGCCAUCACGAGAGCCCAGUCCCUGGUUGCUGUGGUGGGUGACCCCAUUGCCCUGUGCUCUGUUGGAAGAUGCAGGAAAUUUUGGGAGCGGUUUAUUGCCCUGUGCCAUGAAAACAAUAGUCUACAUGGAAUCACUUUUGAACAGAUCAAGGCCCAGUUAGAGGCUUUAGAACUAAAGAAGACAUAUGUGUUGAAUCCACUGGCACCUGAAUUUAUCCCUCGGGCUCUAAGACUGCAGCAUUCAGGGAGUACCAACAAACCGCAGCAAUCACCACCAAAGGGGAAAGGCCUCCAUCAUACCCAGAAUGAUCAUUUUCAGAAUGAUGGAAUUGUUCAGCCCAAUCCUUCCGUACUUAUUGGCAAUCCUAUUAGAGCAUAUACUCCUCCACCCCCUCUUGGACCUCACCCAAACUUGGGAAAAUCUCCAAGCCCUGUUCAAAGAAUAGAUCCUCAUACUGGGACAAGUAUUCUUUAUGUACCUGCUGUCUACGGAGGGAAUGUAGUUAUGUCGGUGCCUUUACCUGUACCAUGGACAGGAUACCAGGGUAGGUUUGCAGUUGAUCCUCGAAUUAUUACACAUCAGGCAGCGAUGGCCUAUAAUAUGAACCUAUUACAGACACAUGGACGAGGGUCUCCAAUACCUUAUGGCCUUGGACAUCACCCACCUGUCAGCAUAGGGCAGCCGCAGGAUCCGCAUCAGGAGAAGGAUCAACAUGAGCAAAAUCGAAAUGGUAAAAGUGAUACAAAUAAUCCUGGACCAGAAAUUAAUAAGAUUAGAACACCAGAGAAAAAGCCUACAGACCCAAAACAGGUUGAUUUGGAAUCAAAUCCACAGAACAGAAGUCCUGAAUCACGUCCUGGUGUUAUUUAUCCCAAUACCAAAUUUCCUCGCAAAGAUAAUCUCAACCCAAGACACAUAAAUCUUCCCCUUCCUGCUCCCCGUGCGCAGUAUGCAAUCCCUAAUCGUCAUUUCCAUCCCCUUCCCCAGCUACCAAGACCGCCAUUCCCAAUUCCACAACAGCACACCUUGUUAAAUCAGCAGCAGAAUAGUUUGCCUGAACAACCAAAUCAAAUGCCACCUCCACCAAAUCAGGUAGUCCCUCAGCAGAACCAGCUGAGCCAGCAGCCCCAGCAGCCCCAGCAGCCCCAGCAGCCCCAGCAGCCUCAGCAGCCUCAGCAGCCCCAGCAGCCUCAGCAGCCGCCACCGCCUCAGCUUUCUCCUGCGUAUCAGGCAGGACCCAGCAGUGCUUUUUUUAAUAAUGCAGUUUCUCAUCGACCACAGACUCCUCCUGCAGAGACUGUGAUUCCUGAGCAGCAGCCCCCUCCCAUGCUGCAAGAAGGCCACAGCCCUCUGAGAGCCAUUGCACAGCCCGGCCCCAUUCUUCCUGCACAUCUGAAUAACUUCAUUGAUGAGAACCCCCCAGCAUUACCUAUAGGAGAGGCAUUAGAUCGAAUACAUGGGAGUGUAGCCCUGGAGUCAUUAAGGCAGCAGCAGGCACGGCUGCAGCAGUGGAGCGAGCACCACGCCUAUCUCAGCCAGGGUAGCAUCCCGUACCCGCACCCUCCCCACCCUCACCUCCAGCACCUUCCUCAGCCACCGCUCGGGUUGCAUCAGCCGCCAGUGAGGGCAGACUGGAAGCUCACCAGCAGUGCCGAAGAUGAAGCAGAGACAACAUAUUCAAGGUUUCAAGACUUAAUCAGAGAACUGUCUCAUCGUGAUCAAAGUGAAACACGGGAACUAGCUGAAAUGCCACCACCUCAAUCAAGACUUUUGCAAUACAGACAAGUGCAGACUAGGAGCCCACCAGCAGUCCCGUCUCCCUCAUCCGGUACAGACCACAGUAGCCACUUUUCUAACUUUAAUGACAACAGCAGAGACAUUGAAGUAGCCAACAACCCAGCAUUUCCACAGCGCCUCCCACCCCAAAUAUUCAGCUCGCCUUUUUCGUUGCCAUCUGAACACCUUGCCCCACCUCCCCUGAAAUACCUGGCACCUGACGGAGCAUGGACUUUUGCUAACUUGCAGCAGAAUCACCUAAUGGGGCCUGGCUUUCCCUAUGGCCUACCUCCACUGCCUCACAGGCCACCACAGAACCCUUUUGUACAAAUACAGAAUCAUCAACAUGCUAUUGGUCAAGAGCCAUUUCACCCACUGUCAUCUCGAGCAGUAUCUUCUUCUUCACUCCCUAGCUUGGAAGAGUAUGAGCCCAGAGGACCUGGUCGGCCCUUGUACCAAAGAAGAAUUUCAUCGAGCUCAGUCCAGCCUUGUUCUGAAGAAGUAAGCGCUCCUCAAGACAGUCUGUCCCAGUGUAAAGAGCUUCAGGACCACAGUAGCCAGUCUUCUUUCAACUUCUCAUCCCCGGAGUCCUGGGUAAACACCACCUCAUCUGCUCCCUAUCAGAACAUUCCGUGCAAUGGAUCCAGCAGGACAGCUCAGCCCAGAGAGUUGAUAGCUCCACCCAAGACUGUCAAACCCCCUGAGGAUCAGCUGAAGUCAGAAAACCUCGAGGUGUCCAGUUCCUUUAACUACAGCGUGCUGCAGCAUCUCGGCCAGUUCCCACCCCUCAUGCCCAACAAGCAGAUUGCGGAGUCAGCCAACAGCAGCAGCCCCCAGAGCGCUGGUGGGGGCAAGCCCGCCAUGUCCUAUGCCAGCGCUCUAAGGGCCCCUCCCAAGCCCAGGCCCCCUCCUGAGCAGGCCAAGAAGAGUAGCGACCCUCUGUCUCUGUUCCAGGAACUCAGCCUGGGGAGCUCAUCGGGCAGCAAUGGCUUUUACUCCUAUUUUAAAUAAUCACUUUUUUUUUCCUGAAGGGAAAAUGUUUUAAUUUCUGUUUGUAUCAGUAGAAUUAAGGUAGUUGAACUUCAUCUAUAGAUGCACAGUUCCCUUUGUUUUAAUAUUAAAUAUGUUCUCACUUAAUUGCUUUGCUGCUAGACUUGCAACUAAUUUUUUAAACGUAUAUUCCAUUAUUUUGCAUUUUUGAUGUGAGUCAGAAUUUUGACAGCUUUUAUGUAGAAUAAAAAAUAUUUUUAAAUUUGUGUAUUGUUACAUAUGUUUGCAUCAAGCUAGCAGCUAAGAGGUUAAUUGUGCAACUAUAAAAAAAAAGAAAAACAUUUGUCUAAAAUGUAUUUAAAAAGAACAAAAAUUGUAAGUAGCAUUUACAUUUAUUCAAUAAUAUUACCAUAUGCUGGGUUUCUGUACCAGAAAUGGCCAGUUGAUGUACAAAUGUAUGUUAUUUUUGCUUAAAUUCAUUUAAAAUUUUUUAAAAUAAAGGGGCAGCAUCUUCUGAAUACUUUAAGUUUUACCAGCUUUUAUUUUGAUGACAUGAUGCUGCAUUCUAAAACUUUGAUGGUUUUAGACUACGUAUGGUGUGCUGUUGAAAUCUCCAUCCACCGUAGGAUAGAGUUAAAGGCAUUCUUUGCAGGUGUAUUUUGUAUGCCACUGUUUUUUUAAAUGUGAAAAAGCAUUGGCAUACUUAGUUAUUUUUUGGACAAGCUACACUUCAAGCUUGGUUUUAAUGUUAAUUUGAUAGUGUUUUGUUUUUUUUUUUUUAAACAAAUCAUGAAGCUGAAAAAUUUUUAGGAUUGUUGGUGCUUAGUAGACUUGAUAACUAUUUUAAAAAUGCGUGAAUUUAGUAAAAUCCUUUUUUCUCACUAUGCAUGUGUAAAUGUUCGUAACCUGGCUUUCCCUUCUCCAGUGGUAAAGAAUUGUGCCGCUUUAAGGUUUGGGUUUUUUUCCCCCCCUUCCAGUGAAAAUUUUGGUACCUUAUUUGAUGUUUACAUUAAAAAUGUGACAUUCUACAUGGCAAUUCAGAUAUUUUGCUAGCUUUUUUGUUUGAAGAACAUCAUUAAAGAAGAAACAUGUUUGUCAAAAAUGUAUCAAAAUUCAUCAAAAUCUGGGGCAGAAAACUACCCUUGUUUUUCAUGUCUUUUGAUUCUUCUAAAAUAUCCCUAUUGAACUUGUACAAAAAUAUAAAAUUUAAAGAGCAAUCUUAAAUAUUCUAUAGUCUAAAAAUUGUUUUGAAUGAACUUUGGUAAAAUCCAAAGGAAAAUGUUACCCUCUUAAAACUUGUGGUCUUGUCACACAUUCAAAGCAAUGCAUGUCCUUACCAUUUUCCUGAUCUUGUAGUACUACUUUUAUAUUUCAGAGAUAUCUUGAAACUACAAUAUAAACUUUUUAAAAAAAUAAGACGAGACUGAAGAACAUUUCAAAUGAACCCAACUUUAAUGAUGGUCCAUUCAAAAAUAGUUUUUGGAAGACUACUUUUGAUAGGCCAUCCUGUAUUCAAAAAGUACAUUUUAAAAACUGGGUUGAAAGUAGGAGGGGUAAGGAAAAAUUACUUCUCUUCUAUGAUUGGAACCGAGUUUUUGUUGGCCAGCUUCAACUCCCUUUAACCCUUAGACAAUUUGGGAUGAAAAGAGUGCCUUUGGUUAAUGGUUAGCAAGCGACAGGAUAGGUGAACUUCUGUUACUCAGCUCUGCCUUUCUGCUCCGUGUGUGCAGCUCACUCGUGUGUGGCUUCAUACUACAGGCCUUGUGCCUCUGUGUAAGGUGGCGCGCGUGGCCCUGUGGACUGCAGACAUGUUAAUGGUUAGCAUUAAUCACAGAUGGAAAAAUGAGCCAGCAAGUCACAGCCCCACACUUAGCGGUGUCAAAUCUCACUCAACAUACUGUAGUUGGAAGAAAAGAAGAAAAAGUGUUGCCAUAUAGCUGUGUAUUUCCAACUCUAUGACAAAACUCAAGAAUGGGAAUUAGGUCUCCCUGAUCUGAGGAUAUCUCUGAAAAAUAAGUUUCUCUUCAGUAGUGAUCCCCACACCCCAUCCCAUCCCACCCCAGUAAGUAGGACUAGAAGAACACAAGCCAGGUAAAUGUUCAAAGCAUUUUGAUAGUGUCAGGAUAGAACUGUAAAGUUAGGGCUUUCAGUUAACCCCUUGUCAUGAGGUUAUGGCCUAAUUUUCUGUUUUCCAUACUUGAAUCUUUAAAAAAAAUAUCAGUUUUAAAAUUAUUUAUAUUUAUAUUUAGUUAAGGGUCAUGUGUACACCCUACCACCUUAUAUAAAUACUAUAUUGAUGAUGGAUGCUUUGGAUAAGGAGGCUGUUAAGUUGUUGUGACAUCCUCAUUCUAAGCAGUUAUUCCUAAAAAACUAAAAACCGUAGCUACUUUUUAGUUCCCUGCUCUGCUGUACGUGUCUGAGUGUUCCUCACUUCCUUCCUGUGCUACACUAUGUCAAGGACUUAGGUGUUGUUUCCAUCUGAUCCUCUUUAGAUUCAGGAUGAAAUGCUUAUGUUGACCUCUAACAAGCUCACUCUGUCUCAGCAUUACUCAAUGCCAUCUCUCCAACUGCGCUUCUAAGAAUCUGUUACUUACACAUGGUAUCUUGGAACAGUUCUGAGCAAGUUUUCUUAAAGAAUCAUCGCAAGUUUCUCUUGAAACGAGGCUUUGCUUAUGAUGAAUACAGUUGAUGUUCUUUGGAUAUUAUUUGAGUAGAAGUAUUAGCAACUGUUCCACAAAUCAGGUCAUUAAAACAUAACUUAUUUUAUAUACUAGGUUCAAGCUUAGAGCCCAGAUGGAACCCUUUAUAUAUAUGUUUGUUUGUUUUCUGGAAAAUUUGGUAACUCUUGGCUAACACCAAGUAUUACCAACUCGCUUUUCUUCAGAACAGAUAGAUUUCUUCUAAGUGAGGUUAAUUGUUCAGAUGAUGUCUUUUUUACUUCUUUGUUCUUUGUAUUUCUCUGAAGUUUCCUUUCUUUUUUUUUCCUACCAGAAUUUUUAUUCAUUUUAUUUUUCGAUUUCAGUGCUACUUGAGUUUUUUUUUCCUUUUUUAACCUUACAGAAGUUGUUUUGGGUGGUACAGUUUAUAACACAAGAGUAAUCAUGCUAAUUUUUUUUUUUUCUCAGCAAUCUAAAAAUGAAUUUUUUUUUUAAAGUUUGAAGAGCCUCAUUCCAUCUAGCAUGAAUGUUUUCUGGUGUGUUUUUAAAAAGAGUUUUAGUAGUCAAUUUGACACAUGCAUCGCCAGAUUAUAGCAGAGCUUUGUUUUUGAUUAAUCAGUAGUUAAUCACUGACCGUUUAAACUAACAUGACCUUAAUUUUCUUUUCUUCACACAGGUUUGCUUUCCAUCCAAGCCAUUUUGCACACAUGAAAUAACAAACUUCUUUGUGUGUGCGUGUGUUUUGUUUUUUUUUCAUCAGAGAGUCUGAAAUAAGUUCAGGUGCAGUGUCAAUAGUAACUGCUCUUCUCAUUUCAAAGAAUUGCAGAACUAGUAAAACAGGCGGAGUUCCCAUUGAAUAAGCAUUACAUAAUUAAACACGCCAGUCUCUGAGACCUACUUACGAAAAUAUUCUCCUUGUUCGCAGAGACACUGACACUGCAGAGAAAACUAAUUGAAUUUCCUAACUUUGAGAUAAUUAAUACAUAGUAUUAGGUUGCUCUAGUGUAGCUGAUUUUAUGUGUUUUAAGAUUUUUCACCUCCAGAGCAAAGCUAUAAACAUAAAAAAAAAAAAAAAUGAAUCUCUAGCCACCUUGGCUAAGAGUCAGGCUGUGAAGAACAAUUUCAAGAUGAAUUUUCAUAUUUUGACUAUUGUUAAACAAAUUAGAUUUACUGACAUCGUUCUUUAAAAAGAGACACCUGUUAUAGCAUUGUCUUACAGUUUUUAAAAAGAGAACCCCAGAAAAAGUCUAUAAAAAUCCAAGGUUAAAACUGUAAAUAUAUUGAGAUACAAAUUGCUGCUUUAAAAUGUUAUUUAGGUUCUCCAUCCUCUUUAUUCUUUCCCGUUCCUCGAGGGUAGUCAAAUUUGCCUUCAUGAGUUACCAGACGUUAUCUCUUGCUAAUAUGUGAAAAUCCUUCAUUUCUAACAUCACACUGUGUCUUCCUGAACCUCAAGGUGAAUGUCUUAAUGGAUCUGAUUUGUCUCUUUCCUUUUUGCCAUCUGAUCCACAUUCAAAAUUUCUAGAAAUUAGAAUGAAUGGGUGAUGUUCUAUGAUGUCUUGUUCAAAAUCUCACGUGGUAGUGUCUGUCACGUAUUAUAAAGGUAUCUUGAAAGAGUGUGUGGCACGUUCGUCUGCAAAGUGCUUGUCGUGAUAGGCUCCUCGCAUUUCCCAUCUACUGGAGGAUGGACAUUUAUUUGCUGAGACUUUACCAUAAAGCUGCUAAGUUCACACUUAUUACUCUCAUACCUGUUUAAUUAGCAAAUUCCAUGACUGUUAUUCCAAGGAGUAAAUCUGACUAAUAAUGUUUAACAUUCUUAUAAGACACAUUCAGAAAAGGGCAUUAUAUUAUUACUUUAAAGUAGAAUGUGAGAUUAAACAGAUUAAAAACAAUUUAAAAUUUAAAAAUUUUGAACUGAUUGAAAAUACCUCCUUUGGAGUAAACUAUAAGGAAACAGUCACCAGAGUUUCUGAAAUUUUUUUGAAGAGAGGUCACUAGUAGAAGAAUCUAGACUUAGAAAUGAGAAUUCUGGUUAAAUCCCAAACCCAGUUACGCAGUGGUAGUCUAAAGCUUCUAAAACUGGAGUGUGAAGAAAACCCAGAGAUAUUCAUAUAGUUUCAGUAAUCAGAGUAUUAGACCAGACUUUAUUUGCAAUUUGUUCAACAGAGAGAUUUUAUUUUGAUACAAAUAUUAAGCAUAAAGCAUAGUAAGUUUUAUAUAAUUCUAUGAGUUCAUUAAACAAUAUUAUGAAAUUUUCAUUAUGUUCUUGGGGAGUCUUAGCUAUUUCUACCUCAUAUAUGAGGUCUCUUCUGUAUUUUAUUUUGCAUACUAGCAUGUGAUUGCCUGCCUUAGAACUAUGUAUAGGAGGGGAAAUCAAUAUUACCUUUUAAGAAAUUUUUGAUUUAUGAAACAAUUGUUUUCACUAACACCUUUUUAAUAUUUGAGAAGGGGGAAUGUGGCAAAUUCCGUAGGUAUCAACACAGAGCAGAAGUCACUGAGUAGUAUCCAUUUAUAAAUCUGUCCUGUUUUAAGAUUUUUAGAAUUGUGAACAGGAUAGAGUGAUGAUUCUCAAACUUUUACCCAGCAUCAGACUUACCUUGAGGUCUUGUUAAGAUUGCUUGGACCCCAUCCCCAGAGUUUCUGAUUCUAGGUUGAGCCUGAUCAUUGGCAUUUCUAACAAGUUUUCAGGUGAUGCUGAUGCUGCUGGCCGGGGAACCACACUUGGAGUGAGAAUCACUGACCUGAUGAGUCUCCCACGCUGAAGGUCUCAGAGACCGGAAGGCUGAAGGUCUUUUCAACCAGUCAUCUAUUUACUCAGUGUAAAAAACUGAGCUCUUGAGACAUUUUUAUAAUUCUGAUGCCAUGAGUAGAACAUUCAUGAAGAAAGAUUUCUGUCCUUUGGACUGGCUGCCACCCCUCUUCCUCACCCCUGCCGAGGUCUGUGCUGCUCUUCCACAGCGGGUGAAGGAGCUUUGUGAUUUCUAGGGUGAGCUUGGUUUUGUGUGCACCGCUGCCUGGGCUUUGGCCGGGCAGCUGUGCCCUUGUUUGGAGUGCUUAGAGUCACUAUUGAUGACCCAUACACAUGGAAACGAGAAUCCUGGGAAGAAGCCAUCAGAAUGUCACGAGAAUGCACUUUGCAUUUAUCGAGGCACUAAAGUACGGGAGUCCCUGUCCUAAGAUGGCAGUGACGUGGAACAUUGAAAAAAUAGAUAAUCCCCCAAUAAUGUAUUCUUUAGCUUUUAUGCCCCCCCCCCCGCCUUGGGGGGAACGUGAGAGCAAAAGAUCUGUUUUUGAAAUUAUGUGUUUCUCAGGUUAACAAAGUUAUCUUAGCUUCUCUGUGCCCUGCCCGCAGGUAUUAGGGAGAGCGUCAAGUACACCUGGCAGAAUAUAAGUAAUUGUCAUUGAUUACUUCGCUACCUUAAAAAAAAAAAUCUAUAUAUGUUUGCAAGCCAGUCUAGGGGGAUCUACCAUCUACACAGCAUGAGUUGCUCAUGAAUCAUAGGUGCACAUGUAUGAGCAAGUUAUUUUUGAGAAUGAAACUGCCUAUAGUAUAAUAAACCUGACAGGUCUUUGGGUAUUUUUGAGUUUGCGUGUUGUUGUUGUUUUAAUAUUCACCCUGGGCUGCACCUUGGGGGUAUUGGGCUCUGCUUCUGGUUUUUAGUUUGGUGUUGAAUUUACUGAGAUACUAGAAAGAAAAAAAAUUAUUUUCAAGGAAACAGAAGAUAGAAUGACUUAGGCGUAGAAGUCACAAGAUGGCCAUCGCAGAGUGCCCGGCUCUGGGAUUCUUAGAACAGUACUUCUACUUCAAAGGCGUGCUGACCUUUGGUGAGGAUUGUUUAUAUAUCAGCACAGGUUCCUUUAUGCAGUCCCAGCUUAUUGGGAGCUUUGGUUUAUUUACAUUUUGCUUUGCACGAUUCCUUGUAUGUGAAGACCUCUUUAUAUCUUUCAGUAGGUCAGAGGGCUCUUCGGUCUGGGUUCAAGUCCUAAAGUGUCAGUUACACCUGAGAAUGCUUCUCAGCCUCCCCCCUUACAGAGGAAGUGACCUGGAUAUUCACUGGUCCAGACCAUGCCAGCUUCCUACAAAUCCAUGUAUGUGACAUUGUACUGUAUCUGAUUCUGUGCCACUCAUUUCACCUGACUCUUGAAAACCCAUGAAGGUACUGGUUAUAUGUAGUUGGUGUAUCCUAGGUAAAUACCGUGAUUAAAACACUUCUCCUCUAAAUUAUGAAGGUAAUGGGUUUCACAUUUUAUUAAAGGGUCCUGCUAUUAGUGACACAGGAUUUUUUUUUUUUUUAAUGCUUCAUAUAGUUCUUAUCUAAACUUGUUAGCUAACUUCAUAGGAUCGGUUACUUAGCAAAUUCAUACUGGGUCUUUUUUUGGAAAGUCUUCCUAAGGGAAGCUAUAGAAAACUGAGGUGGUCCGUUUUUCAUCUCUUCAAAGUACCAGUUGUACAGCCAUCUAAUUAAGCAUAAUUUAUGGGAAAAUUUUAACAAAAUUAUUUUUUUCUUUGCAGUAAAUGAUACCUCAUCUAAGAGGUUCUAAUACCUAAAAGAGUUUAUCCUUAGAAGUAAAAGAUGACUCUGUACCAUAAAAUAACCCCAAAGCCACUCUCUAGGGUUUUUAUUUUCUUCUUUCAUUGUCUUUUCUAACUUAGUUUUGGAAUUACGUUAGCCACUUUGGUUCCAUAGAACACGUUUUCCACUUUGGGGGUCUACAGUUCCUACAGUGUGAUCAUUGUCUCAGUGAAGUUCUUUUGUUUUAAAAGAUUCAUGGUAACACAAAAUGUAUUUUACUGCUACAACUAAAAUGUAUUUAUAAUAAAAUGCCUUUUUAAUAA